CUAGAAGCCAAACAAAACAAGCUACUUGAAUGUGCACCUUGAAGAAAGUGAUUGGUAGAUUAGUCGAUAAUGAAAUGAAUCAUUAGUUGCAGCUCUAGUCAUGUACAGUCAUUUAUAAGUUCAGCUGAAAACACGAACAACAGAUCAUUGUAAGAAGAAUGCAAUAAACCCAAACGGCACAUUAGCGUGCAGCUCACCCUGUUUUUGUUUCCCAGAAUGCACCUCUGAAUACUCCCCCCAGGGUACGGGUGUGGAUCAUACAUGUCCUGGCAGAGACAGUCAGUCAUGUCCUUCACUCCAAACGUCGCCUAUAUUGUUGCUUGGCCUUUAUUUUAGUUUAGACUGUACAUCAGUGGUGCUAAACAAAUGUGCAACCACUCAAAUUACCACAAAGCACUUCUUGCCACACAGCUGAACUGGAGCUUUUGGGUAUUUGGGGUUGUAGGAGCCAUUUCAAUGUUUUAUGUCCAGGUUUGGCCUGUAGGUGGUGCUAGAGUUAUGGCAUAGCUAAUUGGGGCUAAUCUACUUAGGAGGGCAAGUGCAAUCAGACACAGGUGUUGCCAGAGGGGCAAAGCCAACUGGUUUUUGACCGCCACCGAUGCGGCAGCUGUGGCUAUUUGUUUGAUAUUAGGAAACUGUCGAUGGAGAUGGAAUAUUGUACCAUUAUAGAUGUUGAAGACCAUAUGUGCAACAAUAAAUCAUAUCUCUCAUGACAGAGAAGAAAGCAGAAGUUGAACUCUUGUUGCACUCUUUCUAAACCAAACAAAGCGACCACGGAUUAUGAUAUAGGCUCAGUUGCUAUGGUGAACGACACAGUGGGCACGAUGAUGAGCUGCGGCUACAAGGACCAGAGCUGUGAGAUCGGCAUGAUCAUCGGUACGGGAACCAACGCCUGCUACAUGGAGGAGAUGAAGAACAUAAAGCGUGUGGAGGGCGAGGACGGACGGAUGUGCAUCAACACUGAGUGGGGCGGCUUCGGAGAUGACGGCUCCCUGGAAGACAUCCUGACGGAGUUUGACGUGGAGGUGGACAAGACGUCCAUCAAUCCCGGCAUCCACAUCUUUGAGAAGAUGAUUAGCGGCAUGUAUUUGGGAGAAAUCGUGCGGCUGCUGCUGGUGAGGAUGACGGAGGACAACGUGCUGUUUGAGGGACAGACCUCAGAGGCGCUGCUGACUCCGGGGAAAUUUGAGACAAAGUUCAUCUCUGAGAUUGAAGAGCUGGACAACGGUCUGAAAAACACCCAGAAUAUUCUGACGCAGUUGGGUUUGAAAUGGGAUUUGGUCGACUCCCAUGUGGUGCGUCUGGUCUGCGACGCCGUGUCCUCACGCUCCGCCCAUCUCUGCGCCGCUGCUCUUGCCACCAUCGCCAACCGUAUCCGGUGUAACCGCAGGCUGGACCGCCUGAAGACCACUGUGGGGGUGGACGGGACGGUCUACAGGAAACACCCCAAUUUCAGCAUGAAGCUCCAGGCGAUGGUGCGCCUCCUCGCUCCCGAGUGUGACAUCACCUUCCUCGUCUCGGAGGACGGCAGCGGGAAGGGCGCUGCCAUGGUAACUGCUGUGGCGCAGCGGCUGGCUCUCCGGCUGUUGGAGGACAGCGAUAGUGAGGACGACGAAGAAGAGAAAUAACAAGAGUGUAGAGGAUGUAGUUGCACUUGUGAGUCUGCUGUAUUUUAGUUCAGAUACAUUUUAUGUGAAUGAAGUUUUUCUGCUGAUGCAUUCAUGUAAUAUUACUUUAAAAGAACAAGAAGCAAUUGCUGUUUUCUAACUUUGUAGUGUUUUUGCAUUUAGAAAUAUUAAAGGUUCGACCCCUA